AUGGUCCCGGCUGUAAUGGCGAUGAAUCCCGAAAUCACCAACCUCGAUGAUCUCCGUGAUCCAUCGGGAAUAUUCGACCUUAUCGAAGUGGUUGGCAAGGGCACCUAUGGAAAUGUUUACAAGGGCCGACACACACGUACGGGCCAGCUCGCCGCCGUUAAGGUUAUGCCCAUCACAGAAGAGGAUGAAGAGGAAAUUUUGCUGGAAAUUAAUACCUUACGCAGGGUAGGCAGAUUUCUAAAUUUUUCAUUACAACCCACCCCUAUGCAAUCAUCUUUCGCAGACGCAUCAAUUUUUCCAGAGUUUUUUGAUCGUCUGUUUUAA